CUGAAUAUCACUCUUUCCAGUCAUAUAAGAACAGUGCCAUGUUUUGUACCAGAAGCUUCAUCCAGCUACCAGAAGAUUAUAGGAGUUUUACGAGGGAGACGACCUGAAUUUGUGAAUGCCAAUCAAGUAGCCAGGCCAGAGGCUCGCCAUGCCACACGGGUGAGCACACAGGGAAAGCUAAGGGUCCGGAUAGAUGUUUUAUUGAAGGAUAUCCGUAAAUUCGGCUUCCAAACUGUCCCUAGCCGAGGUUUGAUGUCGCAGGAACCUACUCCAACAGAUUUAUCUAAGCUUCGGCUAGGCAGAGAAAAGAAACCCGUCGAAGAGCCUGAGAUGUCGACUCCUGGUCAAAGUGAAGAUAAAGUCACAGAUAUCAUAUCACCUCCACCGCCUUUAGAGGAUACUUCGUCACGUCCACUGCCAGCUCUUGAAGAUUGA